GCGAUAGCGGAAGUGUAAAUGAUAGCUGUCAGCAGCUGCCGAGGGGAGACGGAGCCGGUUAGUCUCUGAAGGACUUUCGGUGGAGGGUGUUACGGGAAACUAACGGUUUGGCCCAGUAAUUACAGUUAGAGGAGGAGUGAGGCUCCUGGAAGACUCUGCUGACUGCUCCCCAGGCUCUGCUGCGAGAGAUACAGAGAGAUACAGACAGAGAUACAGACAGAGAUACAGAGACGGGUGUCAGGGAGACGCUGCGUCAUUGACCUCAGAAGACCAAUAAGAUGACAUCACGGCGCAGUCAUGGAGACGUCACCCCGUUCCUCACCCAGGCAGAUAACACAGAGGAGGAAGGGGUCAGAGAUCCAGAGAGCCAGUCGUCUGAUGAGGAAGAGGAGGAAGGGAAGGACCAUGGGAAAGAGACGCAUUUACUCACCGGCAUCUCCUACAAACGCUCUGUGGUCAUCGUCAUCAUCCUCUUCUAUAUCAACCUGCUGAACUACAUGGACCGAUUCACUGUGGCAGGGGUGCUGCCGGACAUUAAGAAAGCCUUCAACAUCUCAGACAGUAACUCAGGAUUGGUACAGACCGUGUUCAUCUGCAGCUACAUGUUCCUGGCCCCCGUGUUUGGCUACCUGGGGGAUCGCUACAAUAGGAAGCUGAUCAUGUGUGUGGGGAUCUCCUUCUGGUCAUUGGUCACUUUGCUCAGCUCCUUUGUCUCCAAUCAGUAUUUCUGGCUGUUCCUGAUUACACGAGGACUGGUGGGUGUGGGGGAGGCCAGUUACUCCACAAUUGCCCCCACCAUCAUAGCAGAUCUGUUCCUUGCUGACCAGCGGACCCGCAUGUUGUCCUUCUUCUACUUUGCUACCCCUGUUGGUUGUGGCCUCGGCUACAUCGUGGGUUCAGAAAUGACCAGCGCUGCAGGAGACUGGCAUUGGGCACUACGGGUGACCCCAGGACUUGGAUUACUGGCCGUGCUGUUACUAAUCUUUGUGGCGGAGGAGCCUCCCCGGGGGGCGCUGGAGAGGAAAACUGACAGACCCCUGACCAACACGUCCUGGUCCUCUGACAUGAAGGCUCUGCUGAAGAACCCCAGCUUCAUCCUCUCCACCUUUGGCUUCACAACUGUGGCUUUUGUGACCGGAGCUCUGGCCCUGUGGGGCCCCACAUACUUAAUGAGAUCACGGAUGGUGAUAUACAAGUCAAAGCCCUGCGAGGGAGGGAUCUGUAACUAUGACGACAGUAUGAUUUUCGGGGGGAUUACUUGCAUCACUGGUAUCCUGGGGGUUCUGACUGGUGUUGAGAUCAGCAAACGCUACCGUAAAACGAAUCCCCGGGCAGAUCCACUGGUGUGUGCUGUGGGAAUGAUCAGCUCCGCUCCUUUCCUCUUCCUCUCCUUGGCCUUCGCUGACACCAGCCUCGUCGCUACAUAUGUCUUCAUCUUCAUCGGCGAGACCCUUCUCUCCCUCAACUGGGCACUUGUAGCAGACAUCUUGCUGUAUGUGGUGAUUCCUACGCGCCGCUCCACAGCAGAGGCCUUGCAGAUCGUUGUGUCCCAUUUGCUGGGAGAUGCCGGGAGUCCAUACCUCAUUGGGGUGAUAUCUGAUCAGAUCCAGAAGGGAAAACCGGCCUCGUUCCUGAUCCAGAUGCGCAGCCUGGAGUACGCGCUCAUGAUCUGUGCCUUUGUGGGGGUCAUUGGAGGGGGCUUCUUCCUCACCACCGCUCUCUUCAUAGAGAAGGAUCGCAAGAAGGCAGAGUUGUUCUCCCAAGGCUUGCUGCCUGCUGAUGAAACGGACGCUGAGCGCAUUGUGGUCCCUAAACGAGGCCGAUCCACAAAAGUGCCUGUGUCCAGUGUUCUCAUCUGAGAGGGGCCCAACUGCACCUGAUUGUGGGAGUAUAAAGGGAACAACUGAGCUGACAGUGUUAGGGGCUGCUGUUAAGAUUCACGGGCCUGGCUGCUUCUUACCAUCUGAGCACAGACUCUGCCUCCAACCAUGCGACUGUAUUCUUUGUGCCCUAGGGGGCGCUCUGUGUCAUAUUUAUUCACUUUUUAAUGGAACUCCAUCAUACUUGAUUCAGGCCGGGCCGACCCUUCUCGUGCAAAUAGAUUUACAGACAGUACCUAGGCACGAGCCUAACUCUAUGGCAAGUGGAACUGCAGCGUUGGGGGACCCGUGAUGUCACAAAUAACAGUUUUCUGCUGCACUCAAUGAAUUGCCCUGUGGGACCUUGUCUUGGGAUUUAUAAGGAAAGGAUUUUUAACUUGAAGGGCUCAUAUUCUAUAAUAUUUGCUUUUUUUUUUAGUAGUGUAUUUGCCCUUUAAUUAGGGCCUCUGAAAACCAUUGGCAACUCUUUCCAGGACAGACUUCCCCACUAGGGAAUGUUUCAUAAAGCAUUAGGGAUCCCAAGUUGUAUAUUUAAUCCACUUCCUGCAUAUGAAAUGCUGACUGGGGUUCUGCUUAAUGAGUAGGGGCUUUGAUCAGUUAUGGGGCCACUUCAAAAUACUAAAUACAUAGUGAAGAUUUUUGGUUCAUUCUCUUGAGUGGAGGGGUGGUACCAAAAUACGAUUAUACACCCCCCCCCUGCAUUACCAAAUGGUUCAGUCAUAAUAGAAUUGGUUUACACCUCUGCCUUGUCCCCUUUAGGAACAAAAAAAUGAAUUGUUCCCUUCACCUCUGAGCUUAGAGAUAGUAGGGGAGAGGGGGCUGGGAUAAUGCAGCAUUUACUGACAAAAUGACUGUCUCGUGGCUCUAAAAUGGUUAAUAAAUGAAUAUGGAAUCUU